GCAUGCUAAACACGCUUUAUAAUCAAUCAUCAGCUUACAGUGAACUAUUAUAAAAACUAUUAUUGAAAUCUUAUUGCUAAACUCAGUGGUUCAAUUUGUCUGGUGAUGCUAUGACAAUAUUUACAAUUGAUUUAUUGUGUUUAAUUACAGGGGAUAUGGUUGCAGGAAUCGAAAGAUUCAUUACAGAAAUUAUUGAAGUGCAGUUGUGUAACAGCUCUGAUCUGGAUAGAGUGAAAUGCAACAUUACACGGAUUUCAUACAACAUCUCAGAUCAGGUUGUCGAGUUCCUGAAAGGGUCGUUGGUCACCCGCUUCAUGCCGUCCUUCUACAUCAUCAUCAUCCUCAUCAGUUUGCCUCUGAACGCUUUGGCUUUGGUGACGUUCACCUGCAGGAUCAGAGAAAAGAAACCAGCUGUGAUCUACAUGUCUCACCUGGCGUGUGUGGAUCUGCUCUUCGCCCUGCUGCUGCCUCUGAAGAUCCACUACCAGCUGAACGCUUCUGAUUGGCUGUUUGGUGAGGCGGCGUGUCGUGUGCUCACUGCAGCUUAUUACUGCUACAUGUACUGCUCCAUACUGCUGAUGAUGUGCAUGAGUGUGGACAGACUGCUGGCCGUGGUGUUUCCAGUCGCCUCUUUAACCUGGAGAAAUGCGAGGAAAGCCUCGUUCAUAUGCGCAUUAGUCUGGCUGCUGGCACUCGCUGGUACUGUGCCACUACUCUGCAUAACUCAAACAUUCAGUAUUAAGGAUGUGGGCGUCACUUGCCAUAAUGUGCUGUAUAACACACAGCUGUAUGCAUAUCUGUUCUCCACCCUCUCCUGCCUGUAUUUCUUCAUGCCGCUGGUUGUUGUUUUAGUGAGCUACUCCAGCAUCAUAUAUGCUCUCAAUGCAAAGUCUGAUCAUUUAGCAGCUUCAUCUUCAUCCAACAAAAGGAGAGCUGUGAUCAUGACUGUUUCUGUGCUGAUUGAGUUUGUGGUGUGUUUUGCUCCAACUAAUGUCAUCUUGUUGCAUCACUGUGUUCGGUUAGCUACUGAAGGCAGCGCUGAGGAGGGGAAAUACUACAUGUUGGCUGUGUGUUUGGGCAGCGCAAGUGUUUUUCUUGAUCCUCUGCUGUACUAUUAUGGCUCGUCUCAGUUUAGACAGAAAAUUGGUUCUCUGUUUUGCUGGGGGAAGACAAAAAGUGGAAGCACAAAUAGUCAAACAAAAUCCUCUCACGUUAGCUGUGAGUACGCUCAGGCUAAAGUUGCGAUGUGAAAAUAUAGUAUAUUCAGUUCCCCCUUACUGAUUUCUAAUUAGUUUGCAUGCUUGUCACACUGUAAUAUUUCUGAUUAUUAAACAAUUUUAAAUAUUAAUCAAAGACAACACAAGUAAACACAUC